GUCGUUGCUUUACGUCUUGUGUUUUGCGACAGCUAAGAUGGCUGCCCCCAUGACACAAGCAGCCCGAGCUGCCGGCUGUGGAGGCAGAGCGAGCAUGUCCCGUGGGGAGCGGCGAUAGCAGUAGCAUAGCCCCUGCUGGGGAGUGGGGCCGGGCAGCCCCGCGUCCCAGGCAGGGAGAAGGGGACCCGGGUCGCAGGGGUUGAGGGCCCGGGUGCCAGGCGCUGCGCGCUGGACACAGGGGGUGGCUUCGUAUCCGGCCGCCCCUGGAGAGGAGCCUGUUGGCGGCGGUGACAGCAGUUGGGGUACAGUCGGGCACGGGGGCACUGAGGGGCUGCGGCAGGAGAACGGGGGGCUGGGCAGCAUUAGCGCAGCUAGGCUGGGCGCGGUGCGCGAAAGCUAUUGGGGGGCGAAGCGCAGGGGUGGGGGAGUCUAUUAAGGGGCUGGGAUAAUGUGUCCCCUGGUGUUGUUGCGUUGGAGGGGCAGCUGCUCCCGGCUGCUGCUGCCGCCGCCCCCCGGACUGUGGUCUGCGCAGGGGGGAGGCGGCGGAGUGCGGUGGCGGAGGGGCCUGUUCUCGGGUUCCCCGUCUGCUGCGUCUCACUGGAGUAAAGUGGUGUCCGAGGCUGAGAAGAUCGUGGGGUAUCCGACCUCGUUUAUGAGCCUCCGCUGUCUGCUGAGCGACGAGCUGAGCAACAUCGCCAUGCAGGUCCGCAAGUUGGUUGGGACCAAGCACCCGCUGCUGAACACCGCCAGAGGGCUUGUGUAUGAUAGCCGGAAUAACCUACAGAUGCGAGGUUUGGUCGUAUUGCUUAUUUCCAAAGCAGCUGGUCCCAGCAACACAGCAGAGCUUCCUUUCCAGCAUGACAUGGUCAGCGGGAUUUAUUCCAGUCAAAGAAGUCUGGCAGAGAUUACAGAGUUGAUCCACACUGCCUUCCUGGUGCAUCGUGGGAUAGUAAACAUUGGUGAGCUGAAGUCCUGUGAUGGCCUACUGAAGGACAUGCAGUUUGGAAAUAAAAUAGCUGUCCUGAGUGGAGACUUUCUUCUAGCAAAUGCUUGCACAAGCCUAGCUCAGUUACAGAAUACUAAGGUUGUGGAGCUCAUAUCAAGUGCAAUUGGUGACUUAGUGCAAGGAAUAUACUAUGACAAUUCUAACUUAUCAGCGGAAAACUGUCUUACACAUGAUAUUGGAAUAUCAACUUGGAAAGAACAGAUUUUCCUAUCCCAUAGUGCCUUGUUGGCAAAGAGCUGCCAGGCUGCAAUGGAAUUAGCAAAGCAUGAUGCUGAGAUCCAGGAUAUGGCAUUUCAGUAUGGAAAGAACAUGUCUCUGAGUCAUAAGCUACACUCGGACCUCCAGCCAUUCAUUAAAGGAAAAUCUAGUGACUCUGUGGCUUUUAGUUUAAAUUCUGCUCCUGUAGUCCUGCAUCAGGAGUUCCUUGGAAGGGAGGCCUGGAUUAAGCAGAUUAGAGAGGCACAAAGUAAAGGGAAUUUAAUGGACUUUACUAAGUUGCAAGAAGCAAUCAAGGCUGGCAAAGGUGUGACUUCAGCUAUUGACCUAUGUCAUUACCAUGGAAACAGAGCACUGGAGGCCCUGGAGUGCUUCCCUCCCUCUGAGGCCAGAUCUGCUUUAGAAAACAUGGUUUAUGCUGUGACCAGAUUUUCAUGAGAUAUAAUUCAAAAAAUAAACUGUUGUUCAUUUGCAGAAAACUAGAUGGAUAGUGGCUGGGACAAGGGAAAAAAUAUCCUGUAUUUUUAAAAGAACUAAAUUUGUUAGUUGCCUUUUUUUCUUUUCUUUUUUUUUUUGGUCGUUUACCGCAUUGCUGAAUGAACAUGCAUUCUUUGGAACUGCUAUAAACAAAAUUAGGGGAAAAAGGUCAAACAGUUUUCACUUGUCAUGCCAGAAGCAUACUUGAGGCUGCACCAGUAGAAAUAAUUAAUGAGACUCACUUCUGUGACCUCAGCAAAUGGACAGGAAAUAAGUCCUUAUUGAUUGGACAUAGCCAGGGAUGGCGCCAAUGUGGUGGCCUGUGGUUUUCCUGCACUAGAGAGGACAGAGGGGGGCCUGAAGCUGCAGGUGUCAGGAGAAACACUUUCUAAAAUUGCCAGAGAGAGGGCUGUUUAAGUCAAAAAUUAAUGUGCCAAUUUAUCAACACGAAGGGCAGUUCAGUGAAUUAAUGAGGAAAAAUCCUUUAUCUGUCUACAUGCAGUUAUGUCUCCUCACACUGUUUUUAUGUAUUCAAAUGUAAAAUUACUCUGUGCCUAAUGAUUUCAGUAUUUGAGAAACUUGCUGAGAAUAUGUGUCAAGCGUGGUAAGUAGGAGCUUUAAAAUACUUAAUCAAAUAUUAAUUUGGCUCUGUUAAGAGAAUUGAUUGCCUGUGUUUUUAUACUGUCUGUAUAAAAUACUUUGCUCUGGCUCAAAGAUGAGGUUUUCAACGCUUUCAGGAAAAAAAUCUUUCCCCCAGAUCAAGCAAUUUGUUUCAAUGCAAUCUUACCCUAAAUAAUUUCCCAGAUUUAUGUGACACUUGUUUUCACUUAAGUCAAAUAAAUGUGAAUUUGUAAUGUUCAGCAUCAAUCUUUUGGCAGAAAGGAGUGUGGAAUAGUCUUCUGUUAGCACAGAUUUUUUACUCUUCUGAAUAAAUAUAUAGUACAUGAGAAGUUUUUUUUAA